AUGGCCCCAGUUGCAGAAAGCGAUCCGGAGGAGUCGAAAAACUUCGCUCAACUUGCUUCCCUCAAGUAUGAACUACGACAAACCUUCGAUCCGUUCGGGUUUCUGCAAUCCUCAAAUCCCAAGUCCAAGGGGCAUGCGGUUUUUCAGAAACCUAUCAGUCAGUGGCGAGUCUGCGAUACCGAUGCACAAGGGAUUGAUAAGCCCAUUGCAAGAGUGCAGAGGGUUCUGAUUCAGACCCCGCGAGGUGUCAGAGAAGAGAUGCGAAUAGCGCGAGGGAUGGAGCCAUCCUCUAUUUACGUCAACGGAGAGGAGGUUCUGGAGGAUGAACAAUGCACCAUGCCGCCAGAUGCCCUCGUACGCAUUGACGAUACAGAGUAUAUAUACCACGAUAUGGAACAUGUGGAAGACGCUCCUCUGCACGAGGGCCGCUAUGCGCUCCAUCGUGUCAUCGGCGGGGUGGGAGAUAUGAAAGUAAGGAUCGCACAAUACGUUGCUACAGAUCGCGCAGUUGCAGUCAAGUCCAUGGUGCUGAACUCAGAAACGCGUCGAAAGAUCGCCGAAGGCAUCCGCCGCUGGGAACGGCUCAUUCAUCCGCAUGUGCUCCGGCUUGACGACUGGUACAGGAUUGGGGGUACGAUGAUAGUCUCCCCUUUGGCACGGUACGGGAAUCUUCGGGAUUACAUUGAACAGGAAGGGAAGCUAUCGGAGUUACUUGCACGGCCGGUAGUUGCCCAAGCGAUAGAGGGCCUGCAGUAUAUGCACAGCCAAGAUAUUCUGCAUGGCGACAUGAGAGCAGAUAACAUUCUGGUUUUCGGCAAAGGCAACGAUGGUGUUCUCAGCAUCAAACUCUCGGACUUCGGUCUUUCGACUCCUAUGGAUCAGACUCUCGGGUGUGGAGCGGCCGUAACACGCUCCGCCAAUUGGGCGCCGCCGGAAGUUACAAAAGGUUUGUAUAACGAUUGCAGCGACGCCUACGGCGUGGGAGGGAUAAUGUUCUUCGUCCUUCUUGAAUUGAUGCCUCAUCUCGUGAAGGCUGGAAAGCAUACGUUCAAGACACAAAUGGCGACUAGGCGCUCCCAGAUUGAGCGUAUGAAGGAAGCCAAAUUGAGCCCCGAGGGUGUUGCGCUCCUCGGUGGUCUGCUACAAACGAACGAACUAGUGCGCUGGGAUCUUCUCUGGGCUCGCAAGUGGUCGUGGUUCGAUGGAUGCGUGCUUCCCUCCGAUCGGAGUCAGCCAACUCCCUUCACCAGCGAUCUGGUUGACGACAUGGCUUCAAGAUACCAGGCAAAGAUUCAAAGAUCCGGGCCGCCGCGCAUAGCCGAAGAGUACCCCGACUCUGCGAACCCCAACGAUACCGAGAGGAGCGAGGUAAAGGAGGCGCAGGGUUCCACCUCCCGACCAGUAGAAUCGCGGCCUACUCAACCGUCACGCCGUCGGAAGGCCCGAGCUGUUUGCCCGUCGCUGGGGUCCGCCGCGGGAACAGUCUCUCCGGAUACACGGUCGUUGCGUGUUCAACGGGAGUGCGGCACUGAACCGGGUGCAGAGAACGAAGCCACCGAGAGUGGACACGGUCUGAAACGGAAGAAGGCUGACGUUGGGAGUGAAGGUAGCAAGAAGCGCAGGACAGAAUGA